GUAAUUAUGACUUUUGCAAUGCAUGAUGGGUAAAUACUUGGACUAUGACAGUUUACUAACUAAAAUUUUGACCAAUAACAUGAAUAUUUUUUUAUUUAAAAAUGAACCAUAGAACAUAAAUUUGAUUACAUUUUUCUUUGAAAAAAGACAUGAAACAUGUGAUGUCAUGCAAGUCAACACUGCCUCUGAUUGGCUCAUCCUGGCAGCACUCAGACGCCUCACAGAGUGGGCGGGUCUCUGUGACUAAGAGGUCAUGGACAUGGAUGUAGAUGCAUCUACAGACACGACCUUCACAUUUGGUUUGAUGUUUCCUGGAGCCGCUGCAGAGACUCAGCUGGAUCUACGCUGUAAUGUCACCCGACGACCCGGCGGUUCGACCCUGUACCGUGUAUCUGAGCCCCGCGGGUCAAACAGAUGUACGAGAGAUUGGAUGGGCCAGAACAAUACAGUCUUUGCCAGAAACUCCCACACUGAUGCAGCCCGGGUCCUGGAUGUGACGGACACCUCCAUCACCCUGAGAGGCUGCGAGGACUUCCUGCACCUCACACGGGACUGCAGAGAGGGCUUUGAAGAGGCUUUCUGCACAGUCAACUGCAGUGAACCCCUGGCUGAGAGUCAGCCCCGCACUGUGAACUCCACGCUGAUCUGCAUCUCUCAGAGUUUCUGUCUGCAGCCACUGAUGUUUUGGAUUGUGAUCACCAUCAUCAUCAUCAUCAUCAUCGCUCUAUGUGUCGGCGUCUCCGUCCGUCUGUACUUAAGGAAACGCAAGAGAAAAGAGGCGGCGAUGGAGAUGGUUGAAUACAGAGCAGUGAGUGAUGUUAUUAAAGUUCAGAUAGAUCAGUAUAUUUGAUGCUCAUCUGUGGAAGAUGAGAUAUUGUAUUAUAAAAGUAAUUAUAAUCAAUCAGAAUAAGAGCUAUAUAAUAAUCUUUAAUAAAUAAGAGCUAUAUAAUAAUCUAUAAUAAAUAAGAGUUAUAUAAUAAUCUAUAAUAAAUAAGAGUUAUAUAUUAUCAUUAUAUAUUACUUGAUAGAGUUCCUGCAGCAGAGCAGUGACUUCCAGCCGGGUCACCUCAGCUGAUUUCAGACUGUAAUCUCACUUCCAGUUAUUUACGGUGUUUUUAUACAAUAGAUUUUAAUAUUUCAGUCCCUCUGGUGAAGCUUCAUUCGUACUCUGUCCACAUGGAGUGGCAACGGCUACGUUUUAAACAUCAACUCAUUGGUUUUAACUGAUUAUUUAACCUCCUCUGCUCACCUGCUAACUAGUUUUCAUCCAUUCUUUAGUUGCAUCUUAAUCGUUUUAGUGGCAUUACUUUUUUAAUCGAAUCAUGAAUUCUUGUCUCCAGUUAGUCAAACUUCUCCCGGUUGGAAAUUACUUGAUCACACUUUGUAUAGUUUGUACACAGGUCAGUUUAUCUGAUAGAACUCUUCUGGACUGGAAGUCGAGUCCAAAGCUGUCUUACUUUAUUUUAUUUCUUUUAUAUAAUGUAAUUGUAUAUUUUUUGAUUUAUUGUGUUUUUGUUGGAUUAUCAUGAUUUUAUGUUGUAAAUGGUCCUUUUCUUAUCUGAGUUUUUCCAGUGAAACUCAAAAUGUUUUGAAUUCAUGUGAAAUCAGAGUUUCUGCUGUUUAACCACCUGAAACACAGAAAUAUUGAUUAAUGCAGCUUCAAAGACACUGAACUGCUACUCAGAGGACAGAUCACCAUCAUUAGAGUUUGUGUAUCGUGAUGUCGAAGUGUCUGAAUGGAUUUUGUGAACACUGGACCUGUAGAUUUUUUUUUUUUUUUUUAUCUUUGUACUGUAUGUGGUUUUAUUUUCACUUGUUUGGUGUUUUCUGUUUAAUAAAAUGAUUUGAAAUGUCUCUCACUGGUUUCCUGUUGAUAGUAA